UGUCAGUCAAACCCAGUUCCCAUUCCGGCACUGAUCGUCACAUAACCCCUGGGUGAGCGUGUCGGAGACGGCUGCUUCUUUCCUUAUAUAAGUCGUGAGAAUAUCUGCACUUCCCUCGGUCAAGCUCCACAACUGGAAGAUAGAGGCACAUCAACACUCCCGCGGCCAUGACGCAACUACAGAGGCUCAAGGGCUUCAAUGUGGCCAACCACUUGGAGAAGCGGAAGCUGCUGAUCGCCAUCAACUGCGUGGCCGGCUUGUCCAUCUUCUUCUUUGGCUACGACCAGGGCAUGAUGGGCGGCGUCAACAACGCCAAGGACUAUGUCGACCUCAUGGGGUUUGGGUAUAUCGACCCGGAGACGGACGCGCCCAUCGUCACCGACAGCCUGUUGCAGGGCGGCAUCGUCUCGGUCUACUACCUCGGCACCCUCUUCGGCUGUCUGCUCGGCGGAUGGAUCGGCGACAAGGUCGGCAGGAUCAAAGCCAUUGCCGCCGGCUGUGUAUGGGCCAUCAUCGGCGCGAGUCUGCAGUGCUCCGCCCAGACCGCCAACUGGAUGAUUUGCGCGCGAUUUGUCAACGGCAUUGGCACGGGCAUUCUGAACGCUAUUGUGCCUGUCUGGGCAACCGAGACCUCGGAGCAUACGUCCCGCGGCCAGUUCAUCGCCAUUGAGUUCACCCUCAACAUUUUUGGCGUCGUCGUGGCCUACUGGCUCGAGUUCGGCCUCUCGUUCAUUGACGGCGGCAACUCGCCAUUCCGGUGGAGGUUCCCCAUUGCCUUUCAACUCAUCCCGCUCCUGGUUCUCUUGGCCAUCGUCUGGUUCUUCCCCGAGUCGCCCCGCUGGCUGGCCAAGGUCGACCGCGACGACGAGGCGCUGUUCAUCCUGCAGAAGCUCCGGGGCACCGACCCAGAAGGACUGGCACAGGCGCAGGCCGAGUACCACGACAUCCGCAACGUGGUGGCGCUGGAGCACAAGCAGGCCAAGAUGAAUUCGUAUGUGAACAUGUUCUUCGGCAUCGGCUCGGGCAAACUGCACGUGGGCCGCCGCGUGCAGCUGGUCAUCUGGCUGCAGAUCGUGCAGGAGUGGGUGGGCAUCGCGGGCGUCACCGUCUACGCGCCGACCAUCUUCCGCAUCGCCGGGUUCGGCACCGAAAAGUCACAGUGGAUCAGCGGUCUCAACAAUGUCUUUUACAUGUUCGCCACCCUGAUCUGCGUUUUCACACUUGACCGCAUCGGGCGCCGCUGGACCCUCUACUGGGGCGCCGUCGGCCAGGGCAUCGCCAUGUUCCUCGCGGGUGCCUUCUCGCGCCUUGGUGAGGACGCCCGCGCCAUUGGGGAUGUGUCCAAGGCCAACUCAUACGGCGCUGCGGCUGCCUCAUUUGUCUUCAUCUUCACCUCCGUCUUCGGUGCAACCUGGCUUACCGUGCCGUGGCUGUAUCCGGCCGAGAUCUUUCCGCUGCAAGUGCGCGCCCGUGGAAACGCCUUGGGUGUCUUUGGAUGGUCGAUUGGCAACGGGUGGUUGACUCUGCUGUGUCCCGUCAUGUUCAACGCCAUUGGCGAGAAGACGCUCUACAUCUUUGGUGCGUGCAACGUCUUGGCCAUCCCCAUGGUUUGGGCGCUGUACCCGGAGACGAACCAGCGCACCCUAGAGGAGAUGGACCUGCUCUUUUCUGCGCCGACACCCUGGAACUGGGACGCCGAGGCCGCAUUUGCGCGCAUGAAGGAGGAACAGCCGGAUCUGAUUGAGGCGGCGCAUCGGCGGCAGAAGGUCCUGGAUGUCGAGGGGCUCAAGCCGGGCAGCGACCAUAACGAGACCGGGAAGUCGUCUACGGAUGUAUAGUCACCGGUCGUGACAGCUCCCAGCGCCCCCUUUCCAUGGAUGUACCUGGCCCGAUAUAAUACCCACAUUUGAGUACCUAGACGAUAUAGACGAAUAAUCUUGGAUUAGAGAACACCCAACGCCUCGAGCAACUGACUCCUAACUAACAUACAUUAUCAUGUAGCUCUGAUCAGUUUGUCUCUCCACAACACAGUGCCCUAGGAGUACCCCUUUCCCACCACCGCAUUCAACAAACGGCCCAUUCAGCCCCCCCAUAUUUCCACCAAGACGUCAUACCUAUCUCGCUUGCCCCUUCUCAGCCUUAUCCGUAUCCGUCUGAUUCCAGGUACGGGCACGGACAGUCCGCUUCGCUCUCCCCCUAGGCUUCUUCGCGAAGCAGCUAUAAAUCCAGACUCCCAACCCAACCGCCCCGGUAAUAGACGCACACAGCACCACAAAAAUCUCAUCCCAACUCAGUUU